AUGGAUGAUUUUUUUUUCUUUUUUCUCCCCUGGUCGGUGCGUCAGGGAUAGACGCGCUAAACCCCAAUAUGGUUAGCGUGAAUAAUCGGUCUUGGCAUCCGACAUCCCUAUUCUGCUAAUCUUGAUGAUUAUGCACCUAUGCACCUGCAUCAUGUUUAUUGUUACCACGUAUUAAUAGACUACCCGGAUCUUGACAAACUUCGAGUGACUGAUAUUGGCGCUUUCAAUGCUUCGCUUCUAACGACCAAUAGCUCAACCCUCAUAACUCUUCAACAUAAACCAUAGCCCAUCAUGGCCUCGAAAGCCAUGUGGGAAGUCGAUCCCGAAACCAGAUCAAAACUAUUGGCCAUUCAAAAAACGAACAAUAAUAAUAUCUGCUGCGAUUGCAAUGCCCCGAACCCACAAUGGGCGUCUCCCAAGUUCGGCGUUUUCAUAUGCCUCUCCUGCGCCGGUGUCCAUCGGGGCCUGGGUGUCCACAUCUCCUUCGUCCGCUCCGUUACAAUGGAUGCCUUCAAGCAGGCCGAGAUCGAACGUAUGCGCCUGGGCGGUAAUCAAGGAUGGAGAUCAUUCUUCGAGCAACACGAGGAUACGAAGAUGCGCGGCCUAAGCUGGGAUGAUGCCACCAUCGCAGAAAGGUACAGCGGCGAGGUCGGUGAGGAAUGGAAGGAGAGACUAGGCGCAAAGGUCGAGGGGAAAGAUUACGUACCCGGCGAGCGAAAACCUACACCUCAGCCCUCUGCCAAUGCUGCGAAGGCUGCCCCGAAGCAGAUCAGUAGAACCGGGACACCGCUCCAGGGCGUGGCAACGAGCGGAAGCCGGACAGCAAGUCCUAGCCGAACGGGCACGAAGGCCAAGGUCGACGAUGAAUAUUUUGCGCGGCUAGGAAAGGAGAAUGCAUCUAGAUCGGCGGACUUGCCACCAAGCCAAGGUGGGAAAUACGCCGGAUUCGGAAACACGCCUAUGUCACCUCAGAGCGGUAAUGGAGGAAGCCUCCCAGAUUUCUCGGAUGUGCAGAAGGACCCCGUGGCUGCGUUGACGAAAGGCUUCGGCUGGUUCACAUCGACAGUAAGCAAGACAGCGAAAGGAUUCAACGAUGAUUUCAUUCAGCCUACGGCUAAGCAGAUCUCGGAAUCGGACUUUGCGGCGCAGGCGAGAGCGACAGCGGGAAAUGUAGGCAAGGCUGCACAGGCCGGCGCGAUGACUGCGCAGGAACGAUUCAACCAAUUCGUUGAGGGGUCUAACGGCCAGGGACAGGGCCAGAGGGGAGCCCCGAUAGAUGAGAGUAAGAAGGCUUUCUGGGAUGAUUUCUCUGCCGUGGCAGAUCAACGACACGGUACCGGCCCUAAGUACAGUUCCGUAGGAACCUCGGCCAUGGGUAGGGGUGGUAACAAGAAUGCUUCGGCACCGGCUAAGAAGGACGACGAGUGGGACGAUUGGUAAUGAUGUGAUGGACUAGGGUUGGUGAUAAGAAGCAAGCAUAGGUAAGCGAGGUGGCUAUAUGAGUAUCGUGGUGUAUGAGUUAUACGAGUUAUACCUCUAGAUGACAAAAACGAUGUCAGCUGUAUAAUUAUGUCACCUAGAUGGAGUUUUGGGUAGCGUCUAGGUUAGUAUAUAUAUCUAUGCUUAUUAGAAUCAAUAAAGGGGUUCGGAAUAUUCUUUCUUUUUUUUUCUUCCUUUUUU